AGUCGUACCCAUAUAUUGGGAUACCAAGAGAUAUUUGUGGGGGCUGACUUGCUUAAGAUUAGUUUUUAUUUAGCAUGGUUAAUGGGCCAUCCAUGCCACUAGCUGAGUCAACUCGACGAGGAAUCCAAACGAGUAAUGAAAAAAUCGGACCCCGAGGAGUUCCACGGGUGACAUUAUCCAUCUAUCUAUAUAUAUAUAUAUAUAUAUAUAUACAUAUGAAGGCAACCCACUUGUUGAUAUGUCUCAAAAGAAAGUCUCAAGGAAGUGAAGGCCUUUUGUUUCACAACAAGAAAUACAUAUUUUAGUGGUUUGAAGGGAGGAAAGAAAAAACCAAAAAAAAAAAAAAAAAAAAAAAAAGGGCUAUCAAUACAGAAAAAAAGAAAAAAAUGGUGGAUAGAGUGGAGAAGACGAAAAUGAACUUGAGAGGAGAUACCAUGUCCACUACUGUGGUUGUGGAAGGGACGUCUGUUGAUUGGAGAGGCAAGCCCUGCAAGUCUAACAAGCACGGUGGAAUGAAAGCUGCUAUUUUUGUUCUUGGUCUCCAAGCUUUUGAGAUGAUGGCAAUUGCUGCUGUUGGGAACAAUCUCAUUACCUAUGUAUUCAAUGAUAUGCACUUCCCUCUGUCAAAGUCUGCGAACAUAGUUACAAACUUUAUAGGGACGGUUUUCCUCCUCUCCCUCCUUGGUGGGUUCCUCUCAGAUUCCUACCUUGGGAGCUUUUGGACCAUGUUGAUCUUUGGUUUUGUGGAGCUUUCUGGUUUUAUAUUACUCUCUGUUCAAGCUCAUCUUCCACAGUUGAGACCAGCACAGUGCAAAAUGAUAUCUGAAAACUGUCCAGAGGCAAAAGGCUAUAAGGCUUUGAUAUUCUUCAUCGCACUAUAUCUGGUGGCCUUAGGAAGUGGGUGCUUAAAACCCAACAUAAUCUCUCAUGGAGCAGACCAGUUCAUAAAGGAGGAUUCAAAGCAAUCAAAGAAACUGUCUACUUACUUCAAUGUUGCCUACUUUGCCUUUUGCAUGGGGGAGCUUAUUGCAUUGACACUUCUUGUUUGGGUUCAAACUCACGCGGGAAUGGAUGUUGGUUUUGGGGUAUCAGCAGCUGCCAUGGCUGUGGGAUUGAUAAGCUUGAUUUCUGGGACGGCUUUGUACAAGAAUAAACCAUCUCGCGGAAGUAUAUUCACUCCAAUUGCUCAAGUAUUUGUUGCCGCAAUUUCAAAGAGAAAGCAAAUCUGCCCAUCAAAUAUAGAAAUGCUUUAUGGAAACAAAAACAAUGUGCCAAACCACCUUCCUGCCACGUCGACUAAUGUCAACAAUCUCCUCCAUCACACCGAAAAGUUCAGAUUUCUGGACAAGGCAUGCAUCAGAAUUGAAGAUGGAACAGAGAGAACUGAAAGUCCGUGGAGAUUAUGCACAGUGGCUCAAGUGGAACAAGUAAAGGUCAUACUCUCAGUCAUCCCAAUUUUCGCCUGUACAAUCAUCUUCAACACCAUCUUAGCCCAGCUCCAAACCUUCUCUGUUCAGCAAGGAAGUGCCAUGAAUACCAACAUAGCCAAAGGCUUCCACAUACCUCCAGCAUCACUCCAAGCCAUCCCGUACAUCAUCCUCAUCUUUGUCAUCCCUCUCUACGAAACUCUCUUCGUUCCUUUAGCUCGGAGAUUCACCGGAAAAGUCUCCGGAAUCUCACCCCUGCAAAGGGUUGGCACAGGUCUGUUCAUUGCAACUUUUUCCAUGGUUUGUGCAGCACUGGUUGAGAGAAAGAGGAGGAACUUUGCUUCCGAUGCGGGGGAUAUUCUCUCCAUCUUCUGGAUUGCUCCGCAGUUCCUCAUAUUCGGGCUAUCGGAGAUGUUCACUGCUGUGGGGCUCAUAGAGUUCUUCUAUAUGCAGUCAUCGGAAGGAAUGCAAUCUUUCCUCACUGCCAUGACAUAUUGUUCCUACUCAUUUGGUUUCUAUUUGAGUUCCGUACUUGUUUCUUUAGUGAACAGAGUGACUUCAACAUCUUCAAGAGGUGGAUGGCUCAGUGACAAUGAUCUGAAUAAGGAUAAGUUGGACCUCUUUUAUUGGUUGCUAGCUGCUCUAAGCAUCGUCAACUUCUUCAAUUAUAUUUUCUGGUCUAAGUGGCAUUCUUCCAAUAUUAUUCCACCAGAUGGGUCUUAUGGAGAAGACUUGGAAAACAACCACUUCAAUCCUUCGAAGCAUGCUGGAGCAGAGAAUGUUAUACCUUGAUCGAUUAUAACUAAUAUUAAUGUCCCUAGAGUGUAUCAAUGAUUCUUUCCUUUGACCCAACCUAGCUACUUGUCAAAACAGCCAAACCUUUAUGGAUUAGAAUAUGGUAGUUUUAAUUUACCCCUUUAGUGCACCUAUAGGGCUACAAUUAAGUUAGGGGUGCUUUUUUUUUUUUUUUUUUUUUUUCCUUUAUAUAAUAUUCCUGAGAAAAGUUAGGUCUAAACCCAUCAACCACAAGGUUCAACGCACUCUCUUCCAAUCUUGUACCUUUUUUAAUUUUUCCUUAGCGUCUUUCUGAUAAUCAUGUGCAAGCCAAGGAGGGCCUCUAGUUAUCGUUCUCUAUCUUUACAGGGUCAAAAAGGAAGAAGCAAGUGGUGGGGUUGAACCUUUAUGCUAAAAUAUAUUAGUUGUUUAAAGGAAGACUUGUCUUUUAAUUAAAUUAAGCAGAAUCAAAUCUCUAGCUAUUUUGUGAUGUAA